AUGCAGUCUUCUUUUAUAUCCGGACUCUAUACAUAUCCAUACAAUUUCUACGGAGGAGUUCCUGCUCCGUAUCACACACCGGUUUACGCGGAGGUUUUGGCCAAGGUGGAUUUGGUGGCAGACAGGGAGGAAUUGGUGGCGGCCAGGGAGGAUUUGGUGGUGGCCAAGGAGGAUUUGGUAGCGGCCAGGGAGGAUUUGGUGGUGGCCAGGGAGGAUUUGGUGGUGGCCAGGGAGGAUUUGGUGGUGGCCAGGGAGGAUUUGGUGGUGGCCAAGGGGGAUUUGGUGGUGGCCAGGGAGGAUUUGGUGGUGGCCAAGGUGGAUUUGGCCAAGGCGGAUUUGGUGGUUUCGGCCGCGGUUAAACAUUGUCAU